UGUAUUGUCGAGUCGCCAAGAGGUAUGCGACAGCGUGACAUAUAUCUAUAUUGUAUAUCCAUACCGUCGCAUUGAGCGGUUUACGACGGGAGUCCCGAUGAAUAAUUGAGGGAGGAACGCGCCUGCGCGCAGCUGGCGUGCCCGAUACAACUCAAUCGUCCGCGAAUUAUACGACUCUAAUUAUUAUUUAAAACCAAAUAAUGUGUGUGCGCGUGUGAACUGUUGAUUGUGAUAAGAUGCAAGCCGGUGGACCGGAUAGCACGGCGGUCUCGGAGGCCCCGAGCAGUGGAAGCGAGGAGUCCGAUUGUGAGUUUGGUCCAGAAGGAGAAGCUGAGACUGCUUUGACUGAGGAAUGGGCGCGAGAACUACUGAUAUGCUCGGGUGUGGUCGAACCUAACGAGAUCCGAGUAGAAUCUAGGGCCGGCGUCGCUGGUGCCCUAAGCAGGGUACUCGCGGUGACAGUCCGCUACGAAAGCGAGGGAGAACGGCAUGCUCUGCCUCUUGUUGUUAAACUUCCACCCCGGGACCCGUUUGGGAGGCUUUUCGUAGCUGAAGCACAAUUUGAUACUAGAGAAAUAUUAUUCUACACGGAAUUAGCACCAGCGCUCAAUAAAUUGGCUCAAGAAGCUUUAGGUCCUGAUGAAGGGCUCGCAGUUCCGCGAUGUGUUAAAGCUAGGUUACCAGAUGAAAUUGGAGGAGACAGCGAGCUUGUAUUGGAAGAUGUGACAGCCGUAGGUUUCGAAUCAGCUGAUUUCGCUGAAGGCUUAACUAUAGAACGAGCUAGAGCGGCUCUGUUUGCCGCGGCUCGACUUCACGCACUGUCCCUUGCUCUACGUGACAGAGAGGGCCCCCUGGACCAAAGGUUCGAUUUCUUAUUCCCGUGUGAACGCGCUGCCGCUGGGUAUCUGCGUUUAGUGCGCAGAGGCUUACCACAACUAGAAGCAUUUCUUCGUGGUCGUACAGAUUGUGUUGGCGAAGCCGCCGCUGUCAGCGCACUUAGCGCUCGGGCCCCAUCAUUACUCGGUACUUUAUUACGACCAGCCGAACCUGCCCCCCUCGCACAUGCUGAUUUUUGGAGUGGGUUAUUAUCCUCAUUAACCCCAGAACUCAGAAGGGCGGUCGGGGACACAUUAAUUGAGGACUAUGGAGAUCGUUUGGAAGCUGAAUGUGCAAGAUUGGGUGCUGCGCCCGCCGGAGCAGUUGUAAGACGGAGCUUGAAACAAGAUUGGCCACGAGCAGCGUUGAGAGCACUUCUCCUGUGCGCGGGGAGUGUUGACGUGGCCCUUGGGGAGCCGCGAGCUGAACAACGUCUGUUAGAAGCUGUUAGAGAUCUAUACGCACAAGGAGUUCUUGAUCUAAAACCAGACUCAGAGUUGUGAGUGUUUAAGUGCCAAUAGCGUAUUUCGUACCUAUUCGACAAUCGAGUCGUUUAAUGUAUAUUCAGUCGCAUAGUAUGUAUUUAUUUCAAUAUAUUAUUACGUAUUUAUUAAAAUGCGAAUGUGUUUACAUUCGAGAAGGACAACGAUAAUUUUAAUGAAUUCUUAUUGUCGCGAUGGCAAUGGUGCGAUGCCUAAUCAAAGACUGAAUUUAACUUAUCAAAGACCGUUGUGCGUUUAAUUUACUUUAAGUAGAUCGACACAGUAAUUGCUCAUAGAAUGAAAAGUUUAAUCGAAUACAGUCUUUCGAUUAUAAUUUAAAUUUAAGUAUUAAACUUAUUCUUGGUGGAGU